AACCCCACCACACCGUAGUCUGUACCGAUCGCAUACUAGUACGCUACUUCCCACUCUCUCUAGCUAGUCUUCGCUGUGCUGUGCAGCCUGGCCACAGCCACCACCCACACAAUGGCACCCACCAUGCGCAUUGCCGUCGCGGCGGCGUUUCUGGCGAUGGCCGUUGUUCCGGCCGCGCUGGCACAGGCGCCAGGCCCCGUGGCGACGCCGAGCGGCCCGCCGAACGUGACGGCGAUCCUGGAGAAGGGCGGGCAGUACACGACGUUCAUCCGUCUGAUGAAGUCGACGCAGCAGGACACGCAGCUCAACAGCCAGCUCAACAACUCCUUCAACGGCAACGGCUACACCGUGUUCGCGCCCACCGACAACGCCUUCAACAACCUCAAGCCCGGCACGCUCAACUCCCUCACCCAGCAGCAGCAGGUCUCGCUCGUCCAGGGCCACGUCCUGCCGCAGUUCUACACCUUCGACUCCUUCGAGACCGCCAGCAACCCCAUCCGCACCCAGGCCUCAGGGCGCGACGGGCCUUACACGCUCAACAUCACCGCCAACAGUAACAACCAGCUCAACGUCUCCACCGGCGUCGUCGAGGUCACCGUCAACAAUGCGCUCAGCGCCGUCAAGCCGCUCGCCGUCUACUCCGUCGACAAGGUGCUCCUACCCCUCGAGCUAUUCGGGAAUAAGGCGGCCGCCGCGCCCACCGCAUCGGAGGGGAAACCCAAGAAGGGGAGCUCCUCGGACGCUGCCUCCGGCCCUGCCGGGUCCGACGACACCGAGCCCACGGGCGCCGCCAGCGCGAGGGCCGUCGGGUGGAGCGUGGCUGGCCUCGCCGCCGUUAUUGGCUACCUCUUGUGAGACUGAGAUCUUUAGGGACGACGGUUGAGGCCAUUUCCAUUUCCAUGCACGGAUUUGAUGGGCGGCUUCUCUGUCGGAGACUGUUGGUCGCGGUGUUUCGUUCCCCUUCUUUCUUCAUGUUUCAAUUUCUUUGAUCCAGUUUGCUCUUUGUAUUCUUGUUCUUGGUGGUUUGUAAAGUUGGGUUAUGUGAAUGAAUUUGUGUCUGCGGCUGUUGAUAA